AUGAAUAAAUUAUAUAUUAAGAUUGCUUUGACACUUUUAAGUCUCGUAGGAUUUAUGGAAAAUGUAGCAUUUGCAAGCGAAACUGAUGCAGAUGGUGCUAAGGAUAUCAAUGACGUUCAACAAAAAAAUGAUGAUAAUAUUUCGAAUACAAUAAAUCAAAAACCCAAUGGCACGAUAUAUAUUGACGUUGAUGAUGUUUUACUAGCAGUAGAGCAUGUAAACCAAACUUCAGAACUGUUAUUAAAACUUUCUGAGACUGGUGUAGAAGAUUAUUCUACCUAUUCUACAGAAAAUCAAAAUUGUACUAUAUAUUCUAAGAAAAUUGGAAAUAUGGACAUUGGAAGGCUCCAUGUUACAAUCCCAUCUGCCUCUAGAUACAAUGAUGUAUUAUCGAGUAUCUGGGAUUUCGAUGAUAAGCAAAAAUCGUAUAACAAUAUUAUUAAUGGAAAAAUUUCUCGUAUGUACUGCAGAUAUUUAAUCUUGUUUGAAAAAGAAAGCAUAGAUCCUAAUUAUAUACCUCCCAUAAAAAAAUAUGCUUUAGGCACAUUAAUUAAAAAAUCACAUGACACAACUGUAAUUGUAUCUCCUUCAAGAACUCUAAAUUAUGACGAUGAAAUAAAUCAAGAAACUGAUUUGAAAAAAUUUUACGUAAAUGCAAAAUCAAUCGAAACUGACAUUGAUCCUGAGGAUGCAUUAACCAAAUUAGGUGAUAACAUAGCCGGAUUUGUAGUUAAAAGAGGCGACGAUGAUCAAGUUCAUGUUACUUAUAUCAACGCUAUCUAUGAUGGUGGUAAUUCUACCGAUUUUUCCCACAAUAAAAGAGAGAGAGGUCUUACAUAUACAAAUAUUCUAAAAUUAGCACAACACAUUUAA